CCCAACAAACCUAUUUUUAUACACCUCAGCCAUGGGACAAGCCCUUAAAACACUAGGUUUCUCUCUACAUUUAUGGAUAGAUGUAUUUCAUGUCUAUAUAUGUCCGAUCCUCAUCUGGUCUUUAAUCUUUUUUUUUGUUUGACAGGAAAUGAUGAUACAAAGGGUAGAGAAAUUGGGCCAAUAAUCAGUGAAUGCUAUGACAAAUACUUUGUGGACACCGUAAAUUGGAACAUUGCUGAUUUCUGUCACGCCAUCUGCCAAAUCGUCGAAGACAUAAACUCAAGCAUAGGCAGUACACAGAUUCGGAUGCCCACAACGGAGACCCUUAAGCAAGCAUAUAUGAAACACCACAAAGAAGAAGGGAAGAAAUUGAGCAAAGAAGAGUUUGAGAAGAUUCUGCGAGAAAUAAUAAUGGACACAGGCGUGACAGGGAUAGGAGCAAAGGACAUACUUUUCUACCUAUUCGGAGUUCCGGUCACAGCAUUGUUGUUCAAGCAGAGACUCCUCCCAAAUGCCAUCCCCAACGAGGUGUUCAUCCCCGCCAUCACUUCCGCCACUGUUUUCCUUCUCGCCAAACUCAAUAAGAUUUAAUUUAAUUCUAUGUAGCAGCAGACAUGAGCGGAGGCAAGAGGGGCCGCAUAUAUGUGCGGCUCGGUCCGCUCCAAAUUUCAAAACGUCAUUAUUACUAGUGCAAAAAAUUUCGUGCAAAAUUAUAUAACAAUUACUUGUAUUCGUAGAGAAUGGUUUAACAUGUAUUCUUGUGUACCACAAGAAGGAACACAUACACCCAAAACGCACGCUAAUGCAAGAAACGUAUGUGAAAAUCCUCACAUGAUAUGUCAUUUUUAUUCUAAAUGAAAAAAUAAUACUCGGUUUUAGUGAAGAUUCCCAAACAGAAAGUUUCAUAAACA